CCCGGUUGCAGACGGACAGCACGGCGGCUUCUGUUGGACCAAUUAACGGGCCGGUCUGAGCGCUGCCCCGCUGAGCGUGCUUUCCUGGGCGGCCUCUGCUCUCUCUCUCUCUCCCUCUCUCCCUUUCUCUCUCCCUCCCUCUGUGCCAGGACAGCCAGCAGCAGCGGGACAAACAGUACCAGAGAGACACUAUCAAGUUGGCAAUGGGGUCGUCUCCGGCUCUAGUCUGCGCCACCGCGUUUGUGUUGGUUUUACUGAGCUCAGCGCAUGAGGAUGAGCAAAACCUUGAGCAGCGUGAUGUCACCUUUGACCUCGACAAAAUCAUGCAAGAGAUACAAAACCCAGAGUCGUUCAUGAUGCAGAGACCGCUGGACAUGUCAGAGCUUCUCGACGCCAUGGAGUUUCCCAUACACGCAGAAUGUAGACCUAGUUUCAAUCCUCGUUCCUUUGGUGGUCCUCCCAGCCUGGACUAUCCCGUUCAGUUCCCCCUUGCGCGACCAUCCUCAGAAAACCUCCAAGCCAUCUGUGUCCAUGGAGACCGUCGUCCCUACUACUCAGACUCUUACUUUCCUGUUUCUGGUUUUGGCCAGCUGAAGAGAAUGGCCAGUGCUGUCAAUAAUGCAGAGUCCUGGUUCAGUAUGUGCUGCCGAGGGAACGAGACGUGGGGAAGCGAAGUGACGCUGUGUUGUGCCAGACAGGCGUGGGAGUUGUCAGUCGAAUCCUUCUGUACGGAGUCAUCAUCAGUAAAGGAUCGUCUUUACGACUGCUGCAGGAAAACAGGCAACAAACGGCUGAACUGCUUCCACGAUGACGCUCCAAACCCGAACUAUGGGCCAACAGAGGAGCUGCCGGUGCCACCACCUCCCUCUUUCGACAGCUUCAACUUUGAUCCCAGCACUUGCGAGAGUACGGUGAUGACUCCACACGAAGUCAGAGGAAGGAGUCAAAGAAAGAUUAAGAAACUAUCUACUUCCCAGAUAAUUGACAUCAACUUUCCUCCCGGACGGCCAACAGCAGAUGGCAUUGAAUCACUGUGCAACAACCAGAAGCUACGCACCCUCUAUACUGUCAAGUGCCUGCCAGGUUCAGGCUACGAACUGUUGGCUCGUCAGGCAAAGACCAUUAACCGUAUAGAGAAGGGAUUCAAACAGUGCUGCAAGAAGAAGCAGGAUGUGCUCAACUGUGUCGAUCAGAAGUGGCGUCAGGAGCUUAAUAAGUUUUGUUUGGGUAAGAAUGGUGAAAAGGUGGAUUUCCACUGUUGUUCCGCAGGGAAUAAGGCAAAUGAUCGAUUCGACUGUUUCCAAAGCAUUUCUCCAGACCCAUAUUAUAAUAUGACUUCUGCCACUAAAGAGCUCUCGCUUAACAAUAUCUGUGACACUGACAAGAUCAUCAAGAAAAAGUUCCCUGUUGGUUUUCCGAUCAAGAACUUUGUGACCCAAUGCUGCCCCCUGCCUGAACAAGAGAAGACCAACUGUUUUGUGCAAACGCUUAAUGAAAUGUCGGAGAACCUGUGUUUAUCAAAGAAGGCUUCUUCUCCAGCUGUGCGCCGCUGCUGCAGUGCACAAGAGGCUCCAAAGUGUAUCUCCAAAAUUCUCAUGGAUGCCGUCACCAAAGCAACCAAUGCCUUACGCCAAAAGAAGAAGAAAAGGUGCCCUCUCUCCUAAAACCUUUUUGACCUUUUGUUGCUGACCCUAUGGGCCCUGGGCCGUUCAGGGACACAGCAAGCUAGCAAGCAGAAGUGACCUCCAAUCACUGAACAAAAGCAAUUAUUCCCACUUACAAUAUUCAAAAUGUGGGGCAAAUUCUAGUUUCAUCUUCUGCCUGUGUUAUUUGCAUAUUUUCACCUGAGAUCAAGAAGCGUUGUUGUCAAUAAAAUAAAUUUAUAAAGAAACAAAAAUAUUCUUAAAUGCUUUGUUUGUAAACAGACUGUUGUCUGUGUCACUGUACCACUAUUUGUAAUAGGCUGCUCUUUACAUAUUUGAUUAUGAAUGCAUUUUUUGAUUCCUUCAGAGCUGCAAGAUCAGUUCUCUUCUUUUUAUAUGGGUUUGUGGUUAAGAUCAUAUCUCUAAUAAAAAACAUUUUUAAA